CCUGGGGUCUCAACCCGGGGUCAGGGCUGGAACCUGGGACCUAGUGGCUCCAGCACAGCUUUAAUGCUCUCACUCCUCAGGCCAGUCCUUCCAGGUGAGUCCCCCUGAGCCUGAGGUAGCUGUGGCCAUGGGCACAUCCCUCCAGAUCACCUGCAGCAUGUCCUGUGACAAGGGUGCAGCCCGGGUGCAUUGGCACGGCCUGGACACCAGCUUGGGCAGUGUGCAGACCCUUCCAGGCAGCAGUAUCCUCUCCAUACGAGGCCUGCUCUCAGACACAGGCACUCGUGUGUGCGUGGGCUCCUGCGGGACUCGAAGCUUCCAGCACUCGGUGAAGAUCCUUGUGUAUGCCUUCCCAGACCAGCUGGUGGUGUCGCCGGAGUUCCUGGUACCUGGACAGGACCAGGAAGUGUCCUGCACGGCCCACAACAUCUGGCCUGCAGACCCGAACAGUCUCUCCUUUACCCUGCUCCUGGGAGAGCAGAGACUGGAGGGUGCCCAGGCCCUGGAACUAGAGCAAGAAGAGGAGAUUCAAGAGGCUGAGGGCACACUGCUGUUCCGAAUGACACAACACUGGUUGUUACCCUCCUUGGGGACUCCCACCCCUCCUGCCCUGUACUGCCAGGUCACCAUGCAGCUGCCCAAACUGAUGCUGACCCACAGAAGAGAGAUUCCAGUGCUAGGGAGCCAGACCUCACCUGAGCCCCGGAACACGACCUCUGCUGAGCUCUAUAUCCUGACCUCGUCAAGUACUGCUGAAGCAGGAGCCACUGGGCUCAACAUCACGGCCCUGCCUUCUACCCCUCCACACCCCAAGCUCAGCCCUAGGACUCUGAGCUCUGAGAGACCUUGCCGCCCCCAAAUCCACCAGGACCUGGAGACAGGCUGGGAGCUCCUGUGCGAAGCAUCCUGUGGGCCUGGAGUGACCGUGCGCUGGACCUUGGCUCCUGGCGACCUGGCAGCCUACCACAAGGAGGAGGCCGGGGCCCAGGCACGGCUAAGCAUGCUGCCCCCAGGUCCCAUUCCAGAGGGUUGGUUCCAGUGCUGCCUGGACCCUGGCGGGCAGGUGACCAGUCUGUAUGUUCCUGGCCAGGUGACUCCAAAUCCCUACUCUAUCAUCGCCCUAUGGAUUGGCAGCUUGGUGCUGGGGCUGCUUACACUGGCCUUCCUUGCCUACCGCCUGUGGAAAUGCCUGUGGAAAUGCUACCAGCCAGGUCCUCACCAGCACGCCAGCUCGUGCACACUCCUAUGAAGCUUGAUUAUGCCAGACUAAAGGAAGCAGAGAGUGAUCAGCUGUAGGAUUUGGGGCAUCAAGUUGAUAAUGUGGCCACUUUCCUUGGUGGUCAGCACAUCUAUAAGCUCCUCCUGGCUACUGAGCUUUCCUGUCUGUUGGCCCAUAGCUAAAUAAAGGCCCCAUAUCUAGC